AUGUCGUGGCUUUUCGGAAUGAAACCUAAUCAACCUCCUCCUAUUCCUGAUGACUUCAGCGCUCAGGGAAGUGCUCCUGGUGGAUCAGCUCCUGGAGCACCUGGUGCUGCUGGUGCCCCUGGAAGCGAUGGAAAAAAUUCACGCAUGGCUUACUCCUUCGAUUCAUCUGCCUUGGAAAGAGCUGCGAAAGCCGCUAGAGAUUUAGAACGCUUCCCGAACGCAAAAGAAGCAUUGGAAUUGAGUAGACUUCAAGAAGUUACUAGACAAAAGGAAGUUGAACAACAGACAAAGCAAGUUGAAGCUCAAAUUCAAGCCAUGAAGUCUGACCAGGCCCGUAUCGCUGAAGAAGAGAGAAGAAAAACUUUGGGAGAAGAAACCAAGCAUGCUAGAGCUAGAGCUGAUUACCAAGAUCAACUUGCCAGGAAACGAGCUGAAGAGGAAGUAGCCAUGAAAGCCAAAUUGCAAGAAGAUAGUUUAAGAAAACAAGAGGAAAGUGUGAAGAAACAAGAGGCAUUAAGAAAAGCUACAAUUGAACAUGAGCUCGCUUUAAAGCAUAAAUAUGAACUUGAGAAAAUCGAAGCAGAAACUCAUGCUCGUGCUCGAGCUGAUCGAGAUAACAGAGACGUCAAUCUCGAGAAGUUAAAGCUUCAUGAAGAAGAAAACCGUAAGACUGUAGUUGAAAAAAUCAAGACCAGUGGAGAGAUAAUCGGAGCUGGAUUGAAAGAUUUCUUAAGCGAUAAAACAAAAAUGACCGCUGCCGUUGGUGGCUUAACAGCUUUGGCUAUUGGAUGGUAUGCUGCUAAAAGAGGAACUUCUGUUGUCGCCCGUUAUGCGGAAUCUCGAUUAGGAAAGCCAUCUCUUGUUCGUGAAACAUCUAGAAUUACUCCUUUGGAAACAUUGAAGCAUCCUAUUAAAACAGUUUCAAUGCUUACUAGAAAAAAACAAGAUCCAUUGAAAGGAGUUGUUCUUUCCCCUGACCUUGAACGUCGUCUUAGAGAUAUUGCUAUAACUACAGCUAACACCAAGAGGAAUCAGGGUCUUUUCCGUAAUGUCAUGUUCUACGGUCCUCCAGGAACAGGAAAAACCUUGUUUGCAAAGAGUUUGGCUCAGCACAGUGGAUUGGACUUCGCAGUGUUGACUGGAGGAGACAUCGCUCCAAUGGGUAGAGACGGAGUUUCUGCCAUUCAUAAAGUUUUUGAUUGGGCCCAAAGUAGUCGCAAAGGGCUUAUUGUUUUCAUUGAUGAAGCUGACGCAUUCCUGCAAAAACGUUCCAAAGAUGCGAUGUCCGAAGACACCCGAGCUGCACUGAAUGCUUUCUUGUUCAGAACAGGAGAGCAAUCCCGUAGAUUUAUGCUUGUUGUAGCUUCUAAUCAACCUGAACAAUUUGAUUGGGCUGUUAACGAUAGAUUGGAUCAAAUCGUCGAGUUCGCUUUACCUGGAAGGGCCGAGAGAGAACGUAUUUUACUACAAUAUUUCGAUGAACACAUCGCUAAACCAGCAACUAGUGGUUCUAGAGGACAACGCUUGAAGUUAGCUGACUUCGAUUGGAUCAAGAAAUGUGAAAGUGUAUCUAAUAUAACUGAUGGUUUCUCCGGUCGUGAAUUGAGUAAAUUGGUUAUUGGAUGGCAGGCUUCCGCUUAUGCUUCAGAGGAUGGAGUUCUGACAUCAGCCAUGAUCGAUAAGAAUACUUCUGAUGCUGUUGAACAGCAUGCCCAUAAGAUGGAGUGGUUAGAGAAAGAGCAAUUAGCUGCCCGUAAUAAAGAGGUCAGAUUUGGAACAACCAUUAAGAGAGAAUCCGCUGUAUAA